AUUGAAAUGAAACUUAAAAAGGGUAAAGCAGUUGAAAAAAUGGCAAAGAAACAUGUGGCAAGGAAGAAGAAAAAAAAUGCAGCCAAUGUAAAUGUAGAUGAGUUUCUUAAUUUGGAUUUUGGAAACCUGGGACUUGCUGAUGGUCAAAACGGAAAUUCAAUACAUAACAAAUCAUCGAAAAACCAUAUGGAUGAUAGCGAAGACAGUGAUUUGGAUGAAUUUCAACACAAAAAAUCUUUAUGGAAUUUGAAAGAUACGGAUCCAGAAUUUUUUAAUUAUUUAAAAAAGAACGAUGCACAGCUUUUGGAUUUUAAUGUUGAUGAUGAGAUUGAUGAGAAUGAGAAUAAAGAUGAUUCAAAACAUGUUCCAGACUAUGAAUUACAAGUUCCAAGUGAUGAAUCUGAUUAUGAGACAAAUAAGGAUAGACCAGAGUUUUCAGGUGAUAAAACAAAAGUAACUUUAAAAUUACUUAAAAUUUGGGAAAACGAAAUUCAGAAUGACAAGUCUGCGGCAAGUAUUAAACGUCUCGUAGACGCAUUUCACGGAGCAUUAGAAACUGUAAGCGAUUCAGACAAAAGAACUACACAAUAUAAAGUCGAAGGUGGAGCAAUUUUUAAUGGUAUUAUGCAGUUAUGCAUUUUAUAUUUGCCAGAGGCAUUUGGUAAAUUUUUGAAGAUACAAAGUGAAACACCAAUCGAAGCGCACAAGUCUAAAAGAUUUCCAAAAAUUAAAGGACUUAUCAAAGCUUACUUACAUGAUCUUGUUAAGGUUUUGGAAAGUGUAUCGUCGGGUGAUAUCAUUGUGCUGUUGUUGAAACAUUUGCAUCAAAUGUUACCAUAUUCGCAAUCUUUUUCUUCGUUACGUAAACCACUUUUACGUUUACUUAUAAAGUAUUGGUCAACUGCGGAUGAAGAAACAGUAAGGGUUGUAGCUUUCUUGUGUAUUAUAAAAAUUGCUACCAGUCAACCAUUCCUUAUUGGUAAUUUACAGAAGACUAUGUAUAUUAAAUAUGUAGAAAAUGCAAAAUUUGUUUCACCUUCCACUCUACCAGGAAUAAAUUUUAUGCGACAAUCCCUUGUCGAAUUGUACCUGAUCGACUGUAAUUUUUCUUAUUAUAAUGCAUUCUUGUAUGUUAGACAACUGGCAAUUCAUUUACGAAAAGCAUUGACAUUAAAGAAAAAAGAGAAUUUUCAGGCAGUUUAUAAUUGGCAAUUUAUCAAUUCUUUACGAUUUUGGUCCGAACUUAUUGCUUUGGCAGACAAAAAAACAUUAUUGCACAAUUUGGAGUACCCUCUUAUUCAAAUAACCAUUGGAGUUAUAAAGUUGAUUCCAAUUUCACGAUAUUUUCCAUUACGUUUCCAUUGUGUCAAAAUGUUGAUCAAAAUAUCUAAAGAGGCAGGAACAUUUAUUCCAUCCUUACCAUUUAUUACCGAGGUACUAGAAAUAUAUGAUUUCAACAGAAAACAUAAAGUAGUUUCCAUGAAACCAAUGUCAUUAAUGUGUAUGUUAAAAGUGUCAAAGAGUCAAGCGCAGGAAAAUGGCUAUAAAGAUGCCAUUAUAGAAAAUGUUUACGAAUUACUUUUAGAAAGUGCUGCUAAGGAUAGUACUGAAAUUUAUUUCCCAGACAUGUAUAUCUUUUGUGUAAUUCAGAUUAAGGAAUUUUUGAAAAAGUGCCAGGUAGGCAAAUAUUGUCGAAAAAUUAAGCAGCUACUGGAUAAAAUCGAAGAAGGUAGGAAAUUUAUUGAGACUGAGCGAGCAAAGCGUGUGUUCGAUCUGUCCAAUAUGAAGGAAAUUGAAAUUUGGGAGAGAAGCAUAAAAGAUGCUGGUACUCCGGUUACUAAAUUUUAUGAUACAUGGCUGAAGUUCCACGAAUCACAGCAAAUAAAACUUCUAACGCAGCAUGAAGAAGUGGCCGAUUUUAAAGUACCAACUAUUAAGAAAACCAAGAGGUCAAAUAAGCAAAAAAACAGUGAAGAGGAUAGCGAUCUAGAGGUACCUGUGGAACAAAUGAAUAAAAGAUUAAAGAAGUCGGCAAAAUCAAGAAAAAAAUUAAAGACCAAAAAUGACGAGAAUAUGAAAAUUUCGACAAAUGAUGCUGAUAUAGUGGAAGAUAUUAAAGAUUCUGAUUGGGAAUGAAUUUUCGUGUGAAAAAUGUUUUAUUUUGAAUAACAUUUUCCUUAAAUAUACAU